GCACCAAUUGCUAAUUAAUCGAAUGCUGCUGAACUGCGACGAAGCAUGUAUGGAUCAACUGCGCUUCAAAUGUGAAGCAUCUCUCCCGUAGCCAUUUUAGUUCAAGUUGUAUGACCUCAAGGCAUGUGUUUUGUUUCAAAAGACUUCCAACGAAAAAGGCUGUAGUCAGAAUCAUGGACACUGUUUUCCAAUCGGUGGCAGUUUGAAAAGGAUUACGAAGGUACAAACGCAUCGCAGGCUGCGGGAGUCUUGUCAGGAAAGGAACACUGUGUGGGCAGAGCACCUGGUAGUGGAGCAAUGAGACUGUACUCAUUGAGGUGGUUGGCCAUUUGGAUCACAUCUGGUAUCUUCAGGUCGGUACUCUGGGAGCUCUUGCUUCUUCAUGCUGGACCUGCCCGGGGGAAGACAAACUUUGUGUCGUUCUUGGGGUAUUGGGGUUGUUCAUGGGCCGCUCUCUUGUUUGGUGUACGGAAACUAAAUCAACCACCCUUCCAGUUUUGGAGGUGGAGUUGGUCAGCCAUUGCCGGCAUGCUGUAUUUGAUUGUCAAUGACAUGGUUGGAUCAAGCAUCGAUUAUUUCGCGCACAUUAAUGCAGGACCCCUUCUCUUCCACAUCUUCCACUCGUCCGUUGUACUCUUCGUCGCUAUAUUUGCUGUGUCUAUAUUGCGAGCCAGUGUGACAGUUUCUCAGUGGUUCGGAAUUGUGCUCGUAUCUGGCAGCAUACUUGUGACCGCUGUGCCCGCACCCCUCGAGGCUCCAGGUUCAUUCGCGAUAGGAUUGAUGGCUGCAUCUGUUUCCAAUGUAUUUCAUGCGUUGCAAUACCCCGUGAGUCAGAGGAUUUUAUCAUCGGAUGGGAUUGCAAAGCCUUGUGUUGAGGCAUUGGCGCUCUUCGAGAGCCUCUUGGGAACUAUAGUCUUCACUGUUUGGACGUUGAUUUACACUGUUCCGAGAUGGCACGAGGUAGUAUACCAGCCAAUCAUGGAAUCACCGCAGCCAAGUAUAUCGUGGGCGUGGUUUGCGUACCUAUCCUACAUUAUUGUGGAGGGUAUGCACUCAUUGUCAUUUUAUUUCUCUAUUCAACAGUUUGGUGCGGUGCCUGUGGCGGUUGCGAAGGGUCUCAUGAUCUCUGGUGGAUUGAUAGUUGUUCAUGUUCUCUUCUGUGGAGCUGACCGCACGCAAUGCAUUACGUACAGCCAUGGCAGCGCGACGACGUGGAGCGAGAUUCAGAAGCCAGUGGCCAUGGUGCUCUCGGUCAGUGGGGUACUCAUUUAUAACCUAUGUGGGCACAACGUUGCCAACUUUCAGAGUCCACACUCCAAUUUGGCAACAGCUCGCGAGACAAGCCACAGCUUCUGCCAAGAUGGCCGAUACCUCGAGUUCAUCGACAGUGCAGGCGAUGGUGCGCCGCGCCAUCGCCAAUCCGAGAGCGGUCGUAGCGGCAUUCCGCAGUCGCAAUUGUAAAGAUUUGUGGAGUUGCUUGUCAAUUAACGGGCGAAGAACGGUAUAAAAAAAUGUUUCCGCUGUCGGGGACACCUGCCCCAGCGCGGCUGGAAAGUUUAUACCCUUACGGUGGCACCGUAGGGGUAUAAAUUUUCCAGCCGCCCAGGGACAGGCGCCCCCGACGGCGAAAAAGUUUAUGUUAUACCGCUCUUCGCCCGUUAAGUCAAGCACGCGGAACCCGUCUGCUGUUUCCCGCGGCAAGCGGUGUGCGAUAGGCAGGGGCGUACGCUGUUCGCGUGCUCGUGGCUUGCCGUCCGACGACUGCUAUCGGCGGCGCGGCCUGCACCCCCGGUGCGCGCUCCUCCACGCGGAGGGCUGCACAUCGAGCAGGAGGAGGAGGAGG